UAAAUAUCUUUUCUUCAACCAGAUCCUAUUUUUCAUCUCAAAACAAAAUGUAGUGGAUAUCAAACAUUUUUACACACAUUUUCACUCCCCCUUUGCGAGUGUAAAUGUUAGGUUAACUUCAACUCCACCAAACGAAGUUUGCAGUACUGAUCCAACAAAAGCGGCGUGACAUGAAAGCUAAACGUUUGUCCGACGUUCAACAAUUGGAUAUAAUCACCACACUUCCGCAAGCCAUAAUAGAAACCAUACUAUGUCUUUUACCAAUCGAAGAAGCGGCAAGGACAAGUAUCCUGUCGAAGGAAUGGCGGUAUAAAUGGACCAAAAUUCCUAACCUUGUGUUUGACCAGUUCUCUACUGUUAAAAUAUCAAAUGAAGAGAAGGAACUGUCUCUGUAUGAUCAGACCCAACCACAUUUUUAUAAAGCUGCAAGGAAAAACAAGGACACGAGGUGUACACUUUUCCGUGCUAUACACCAAGUUUUGUUACAACGCCAGGGUCCGAUACUUGAGUUCACCCUUACGAUGAGUACACUUCAAACCCCUUUUGAAAUUGAUCAAGUAAUACUUCAUUUGUCAAGGAACCAUACUGUCAAGAAACUAACGCUUGACUUUUAUGAUCCCUAUUCGUAUUAUUUACUCUUACCCGUCUUACCAUGGCGUCACCUAACGGACUUAAAUAUUAUAUCUUGUGUUGUCAACCAUAAACCCAUCUUCAAUGGAUUUGGUAGCCUUACAAGUUUAUCCUUAAACUACGUAACAAUAUCUAGAGGAACUCUUAUGCAUCUUUUGUAUAAUUGCCCAUCUCUUAAGAGCUUGUGUCUGUCAAUGCAGCGUAUAUAUGCGGAUCAUCUUCCCGGUGAUGAAAAUCCCAGCAUUAUGGAGCUAUUCAAGUGUUUACCUGUGGUUGAAGAUCUGACCACUUGGGGUGAUUUCACUUUGUUAUUAGUUCAAGCCUCGGUUCCAGAAGAGCUUCCAACCUCGCUAAUCCACCUCAAAUACUGUACCAUCGACAAAAUGUGUUUUUUUGAUGGCUAUGGAUUGCCUUUUCUUCUUGUUUUGAUCAAAUGUUCUCCGAACUUAACGAAAAUUAAACUAGAGAUUAAUACUGAUUGUUGUACUGAGAUAAAGCCAACUGUUAAGUUGGAAGAACAUUCCGUUAACUUGGAAGAAUAUUCUGUUGAGUUGGAAGAAUAUUCCGUGAUGUUGGAAAAAUGUUCGGUUAUGUUUGAAGAAUAUUCAUAUGUUUGGUUGGAGCAUUUGAAUGAAUUGGAGAUUGAAGAUUUCAGUAAUUUUGAGCCUGAGUUGGAGUUUGUGAAGUUUAUCUUGGCUAGGUCACCCAAUCUGAAAAAAGUGAUAUUGCUAACCCGUAAGGUUGACAAGAAUGAAGAGUCGGAGAUGUUAAAAAUUCUCUUACGUGUCCCACGUGCAUCACCAGUAGAAAUAAUUGUUGUGAGUUACUGAAAAGACUUUUACGAUGACCAUUAGAUCACUCAACUUUCUUGAGAACUAAUAUUGAGGUUUAUGAUGAUAAUCUUGUAUUGCUACUUGUUUUUCUGGUUAGUUCAAAAAGAUUUUCUUGGACUUGGUUGCUGCAACAAUGUAUAUGAUCCUUGUAUAUCCUUGAUUUUAUGAUC